CGUGGUGCUCCGCGGCCAACCAGGAGCAGUUCGGCUGAUCGAGGUCAGAGCAGGGGAAGCCGGGGCCGGGUGGAAUCUGCGGGCUGGUGACUGGCACCGUUCGGGGCAGGCCCCAGGAGAUGAGCACUGCCUGGCGGCCUGGGCAUGACGCUCCGGGACUGCUGGGAUACUGUGCUCCCCGUCUUCGGCCUAGCCUGAGUGUGAGUGAAGCAGGCGGCUGGAGAGUGUGACUACCCCCCGGGAACAGCAUGGCAUCCAAAGAUUGAAGAUUAAGCUUUCAUCCAUGUCCCACCGAAGAGGAGUUUCCAGUCACAUGACCCGGGGGACAUGGACGGCGUCCUGUCACAUUUUGUUCGAUCGACUGGGGCGGAGCCGGGGCUGGCUAGAGAUCUCCUGGAAGGUAAAAAAUGGGACGUAAACGCUGCGCUUAGCGACUACGAUCAACUGCGACAAGCAAACGCCGGAGGCUUGGGGCAUACUUACAGCGAGGGUCGUAGCUUCAAACCCCCCGACACGGCUCGACCCAUGAGGCCGGCACUUCAGCGGCAAGAUGAUAUCGUCCAGGAAAAGCGCCUGUCCCGGGGAAUUUCUCACGCCAGCUCCUCCAUCGUCUCCCUUGCCCGCUCCCACGUCUCCAGCAACGGCAGCAGCGAGCAGGCCUUGGAGACCCCCGUGUGCACCUUCCAGCUCCCCGACUUAACCGUAUACAAGGACGAGUUUCGGAACUUCAUUGAGCGGGAUUUGAUCGAGCAGUCCAUGCUGGUUGCCCUGGAGCACGCCGGUCGUCUUAACUGGUGGACGCAGGUGGACCCCAGCUAUCAGAGGCUCCUACCUUUGGCAACCACAGGGGAUGGAAACUGCCUUCUUCAUGCAGCAUCUCUCGGGAUGUGGGGCUUUCACGACCGAGACCUCAUGCUUCGUAAAUCCCUCUACAACUUGAUGGAGAAAGGGGCAGAAAAAGAGGCCCUCAAGCGGAGAUGGAGAUUCCAGCAAACCGUACAAAAUAAAGAGUCGGGUCUUGUGUACACGGAGGAGGAAUGGCAGAAGGAAUGGAACGAUUUAAUAAAGUUGGCGUCCAGCGAGCCCCGAAUGCAUUACGGGACCAACGGAGGGAACUGCGGAGGCGUUGAAAGCUCGGAGGAGCCCGUGUAUGAGAGCCUGGAAGAGUUCCACGUCUUUGUACUCGCUCAUGUACUCAAGAGGCCCAUUGUGGUUGUGGCUGACACUAUGCUGAGAGACUCCGGGGGUGAAGCUUUUGCUCCUAUUCCUUUUGGGGGCAUCUACCUUCCUCUGGAGGUCCCUGCCAACAAAUGCCACACUUCCCCGCUGGUGCUGGCGUACGACCAGGCUCACUUCUCUGCCCUGGUGUCUAUGGAGCAGAAUGAGCACAGCAAAGAGCAAGCACCGUUCAUCCCCUUGACAGACUCUGAACACAAGUUACUGCCCGUGCACUUUGCCGUCGACCCCGGGAAGGACUGGGAGUGGGGGAAGAGCGAUAAUGAUAAUGUCAGACUUGCAAGUGUUACCCUGUCACUGGAAGCCAAGUUAAAUUUGCUUCAUAAUUACAUGACCGUGACGUGGCUUUCGCUGCCCUGUGAAACCCAGGCCCCACUUGCCCAACCAGAGUCUCCAACGGCUUCCGCUGGCGAUGACGUCCGCUCCGCGGCUGAAUCCGAGUCCGAUAAAGAGUCCGUGUGCAGCAGCUCUGCGAGCAACGGGGGCAGUAAGUCCACCAAGGACAAAGACAAGGAGAAGGAGAGAUUGAAAAAGGAAAAGGAGAAGAAGAGAGCAGAUUCGGUGGCGAACAAGCUGGGGAGCUUUGGAAAGAGCUUGGGGAGCAAGCUAAAGAAAAACAUGGGUGGGUUAAUGCACAGCAAGAGUGGGAAGGCUGGAGCAAGUAACGGACAGACGGACACGUUGGAAAAGAAAAAGAAAGGCUCCUUGAAGGGCAGGAAAGGCAGUAAGGAAGACUCUUCGCAAGGGGACUUAUCGACGUCAUCUGAAAAGAGCAGUUCCGGCAGACCGCCGGCAGACAAAGCUCAGAGCGAUCCGUACAAGUACAGUAAUGAUGUCAAACUGAGUUUGAACAUCUUGCGGGCGGCCAUGCAGGGCGAGCGCAAGUUCAUCUUCGCCUGCCUCCUGAAAACCAGCGACAGGCACCCUUACCAGAAGCAGAUGAUCCAGGGGUACCUCGCUGAGGCUGAGGAGCGCUUUCUGGCUGAGCAAAAGCAGAAGGAGGCAGAGAAAAAGGCUCUGAUGAACUGCGGGGCAGCAAAGAGGCUGGACGCGGACAUGAUGGAACCAAAAGCCGACGAUAUGCUUCCUCUGCCGACGUAUUCCCAGGUCAGUAACAGCUAUGGACUGCAGGGAAUGGAAUAUGGUGGGAAAGGCGCUUUAACUUCCAGCUAUUCUGGGGGUUUUACAACGAUCCCCAGACCUACUGUGGUGGGACCGGCUGACGGUUCUCUUCCUCAUGGCUACCAGGACGGUAGAAGGCAGGUGGCCGGGGGUUCUUGUAACAACCUGCCUUCUUACGCCACGUUUCCGAGGCACUGCAUGCCGACUCGCCUUCACCCCUACCAGCCCAGCUCGUCUCCGCACACGGGCAGGCUUUCUCCCUUAGAGACAGAGCUUCCUCCGGUCUACCCCGGGGAGACCGAUCAGACGCAUUGCGUCGCCUACAGCAACGGCUACCGGGAAUAUUCGGACCUGAAUACCCUGCCUCGGGCCGCCCCAUCCGACAAGAAAAGCCGAAUAACGGCGUAUAACGUUCAGCAGACCAAGUGUAAACAGCUAAACUGCACUUUUUACGGACACCCAGAAACGGGGAACUACUGCUCCUACUGUUAUAAGGAGGAACUGAGGAGGAAAGACUGCGCAAAAGAGGCUUUGAUACACAGGUUCUAAGGAAUCCAGUUCCACUUGGCAUUGACUUUAAAUCCACAGAGUGUACGGGCAGGGCAGGCGAGGAAAGGUAGCAAUAUUACUCUUUGACCUUCACCGCGGAUCGUUCAGCGGGUGUCUCGAUCCCCCUCUGUGCUGCGACCAGCUCCGGGAAAACAAAAUAAAACCUUCGAAUAAAUGAGGCGAAAAAAGUCCUUACUCCGAGAAAGAUUUGUCAGGAAUAGGCGUAUUGUUGUGAGCGACAGCCGCAUCUUCAGAUUUUUUUAAUUACUGCCUCUCUAGCACUUUAGGUAGGAAAAUAAUAGUAAAAAAAAAAAAAAAUACUUUUAUGUUUCCCCUUCCAUAUUUUUGUGUUUGUUUUAUUUAGUUUUGAUGUUUUUUUAACAAACAUUUUUUAUUUAAUUUGUGUUCACCCCAAAUUCCUAAUAAUUACAAGAUAGAAGCCAUUAUUUGCAACUUUAUUAAACUUGUAUGAAAACGC